UUUUCUGUAUAAUCAAACUAUUGUGAUUUUGACGCGUUUUCUAGCCUGUAUAUAAAAAUUAUACACCCUAUUUACAAUUGUUUCUUGGUAUAAAAUAUAUCCUGGGGCUAGACCCUACUUUUUUGCAGCUUCGACCGCAAUCAUAUCUUGCAUACGUUCCUUAAAUUCCCAACUUUCCACUUGGGAAAUCAACUCACCCAACUUAGUCCCAUUCAUACAUCCUGGUACAUCGUGUAAUGAAAACCCACAUCUAUGAUCAGUAAUUCUAUUUUGCGGGUAAUUGUAUGUUCUAAUCUUGUCACCACGAUCAGUAGUGGUGACUUGAUCGGUUCUCAUGGCCUUUUGCUUUGCUACUUCUUCAACUCUUUCUAAUUCAGCUAGUCUAGCUCGAAGAACUGCAAACGCCUUGGCUUUAUUUUGAGGUUGCGAACGCUCAUCUUGUUGUAUCACAGUUACUCCGGUUGGUAUAUGAACCAAACGGACGGCAGAAUCAGUCGUGUUCACAUGUUGUCCACCUUUACCACCAGCUCGCAUUGUAUCUAUUCUCACUUCUCCUGGUUUAAAUUGACGUUCAUCUUCUUUAAGUGAUGCCUCGUUCCCUUCAGAUAAUUUGGGCAAGACAACAACUGCCGCUGUCAGGGUAUGAACUCUUCCCUUGGUUUCUGUUUGUGGGACUCUUUGUACUCGGUGCACCCCACUUUCGUGACGAAGAAUAUCAUAUGUACCCGGAGUAUCAAUUGACAAAAUUGCUUCAUUGACAACACCUGCACCACUCAGUUUCCCUUCAACUUUAUAUUUCCAGCCGUUAACGGAAGCAAAACCAAUGUACAUAUUCAUCAAGUCUGCCGUGAAUAAUCCUGCUUCACUUCCUCCAACACCAGGUCUAAGUUCGAGAAUACAUCCUCGUUCUGCAUGUUUUAUAGGUGGAAGUAACUUAUUGGUGAGAUUUUCCACCAAACUUUCAGCUUCAGGAACGAGUUUAUCCAACUCCUUAUUGGCUUCAUUGGCAAGUUCUUCAUCAGAAGGAUCCUGUGCUAUUUGUUCGAGCUCGUUGAUUUCUGAUUGUACCGUAUUUAAUCUAUCAUAUCUAUCUAUUAUGUCUGUGAUUUUAUCGAAUUUGAGUUGGAGCUCAGCAUCAUAGGUUUCUAGUUUUGAUUCGAGCUCUUUUUUAUCUUGAACUAGGGUUUGGGCUCUCAGCACAAGCAAAGGGUGGAGCUGUGGAGCUAGGGAAUAGAACCUUUUGAAUUGGAUCCCAAGGUGUCUUCGUAUCAUGUGUGGUUUAUGAUGUGAACUAGUUGCCAACCAUUGCAACAAAAUUUUUUUCAGUCCCAUUCUUACGAUAGGACGGUUUUUUUUUAUUACAGAGAGACAUAAUAUGCGAUCUGGUUAAGCUUUGCACAACAUGAAUGAGCAGCAGAUAUGGUAUAGGUCAUCAGUCUCUAUCUAGCUAUAUAUAUAUAUAUUAUUUGAUAUUUUAUAUGGCCCUGGACUGUUGUAGCAAAGAGCCAUACUUAAUGUAAUCCUUCCCACACUUACCUCGUCCAGGGUAAUCCUUGCAAGAGCCCCCUCCCUCCGAACUACUUCAAGUCCUUUUCUUUCUAAUUUUGGAAUAAAGGCCAAGGCGGAUGGAUGGGUAUUCAAAUUUCCCUCACAGAAUUUUAAUAAUAUCAAUAAAUUCCCUAUCGUGCCUAAUUUACAAAAUAGCCAUUGUUGUUAAAAAAUUUAAAUGUUGCAAAUCUGGAGUACACAUUUUCUGGAAAAUUUCUCCUUUUUAUUACUCUCUUCUUUUUCAAAACCAGGCACUAUGACACUUUCAAUCGACAAUUAUAUCUUUGAAGAGCUUGAAGAAAUGUACAAUGAUGCCGUUGCUGAACUUCUCAUCUCAUACAGUGAAUUCCUACAAUUACAACAUAAACAAUCCUUCACGCUCUGCAAGAUCUUAUUCACAAACAUUAAAAGUCGCAAGAAGUAUUUUGAAAAUAAAUGGAUACUCACUCAAAUUCACCUUUUUAAGAAGAAUGCCGAGGUAUGGGAGUGGAGAAAAGUGGUCAAUGUAAUCUUGGCAACUAUGAAGGAUAAGGGGUUUAUCAGUCUGCGAGAAUUGAGAAGAUUGCACCUGGGGCUAGUUCGUGAGUUCAAGCAUGUCGAAGAAAAGUUUGAAGCCCACCGGGCUAAAAUGCUUAAUGAAAACAAAGAUGUUGCUAUUGUAUUGCUGUUGUUGCAGGAGUAUCCUCGUGUGGGUAAACAUUUGAAACAGUUGGAAAAAUCUCUUCUUUGGAGAUUAAGAAUCAUGAACAGAGAAGAAAGAAGGACUUUUUAG